UAAGUUCGAGCCCGCCCAAACAUUUGAUUCGGUUUUCGACCGUCAAUUGCGGCCGCCAUUGGAUUGUCGAAAGGUGGAUCAGAUUCCGGAAUCACCUCCUGGAUCGUGGACUUCGAGUUAGAGAAGUAGAGGAUCGAGAGAGCGCUCUAGGUUUAUACAGGGCGCCGUUUAAAAUCCUCGUUUGCGAUCGAUGGAAUGACGUGAAGUUAUGGAGGAUUGAUUAGGGGCCGCGAAUGAGUCACGAGCGGAGGUAUGGAAGAAGAGAAAGCUGCGGCGUACUACGAUGAGCUGGUGCGCAAGGGUGGAAAUGCGGCUAAGUACAAGCAGGGUUUGGGAUUCGGAACUUCUCAGUCUUCUCUCCCGAAAAGUGAAGCUUACGGAUCGCUGAGCAAUUUCGUGAAAAGUAGCCCCGGGCGGACUGCUGCUUUAGAAAAGGAAGUUCGACUCGAUGGUAUUCGUGAUAAGCUGAAGAAGAGGGAUGAUGACCACAGCUCGAGAAAGCGGUCUCCUGACAGAGAUCGUACGAGAGAUGAUGAUCAUGUCGAGGAUGCCGACCGGUCUAGGAGCAGGAGGAGGAGGAAGACACCGGAGUUGCGGGUAGAAGACAGGAAGAGAGAGAAACAUAGCCACAGAAGUUCGGAGGGCACUGAAAGAGACAGGAAGCGAAGGUCCCGGAGUCGAAGCAGGAGAAGGUCAGUAACACCGGAAAAGAUUUUGGUUUCAAAGAAGCGUGAGCUACAGCAGAGAAGUAGCCGGUCUCCUAGUCAUGGUAGUAGUGGAACUUCAUCUGAGCGCACGAAGAAACGUAGCAGGCGGUCGAAAAGAGAUCGUAGUAAGUCUCCACGGGAAGAUAGUCGAAGCAAGCAGAGGAGAAGUCCGGAGAGGAGUAGUAGAAGUAGUCCGAGUCGGUUGAAGUCCAAAGAGAGGAGGACAAGAGAUAGGAGCCGAUCCCGCUCUCGUGGGAGAGACGCUGAUCGGAGUUACCGAAGAGAUGGUAGUUAUUCUCCUCAGCGGUCACGCAGGGGACGUCGAAGUCGUUCUCCAACAUCUCACAGGAGUUCUCAUAGAAAUAGAGACAGUAGAUACGGCGAGCGAAUCUCCGAUAGAUCGGACAGUCACCGUACAGACAGCAGUAGGGGACGUUACGAUGACGAGAAAAGGCACAGAUCAGCCAGAGACCGGACCGGAAGAGCAGAGGAAAAUCCUAGAUUUGUUGAAGAAAAAAAUCAACAAAGGGAUUAUUCGAAGUUGAUAGCAAACUUUGAGUCCAUGACUCCAGCCGAGAAAGUGAAAGCUAAGAUGAAGCUUCAACUUUCUGAAACAGUUGUCAAGGACAAGGCGAAGGGCAUGUCAGACGAAUGGGAACGUUUUGACUUCAAUAAAGAUGCCCCAUUGGAUGAUGAUGCCAAACAAGACUAUUUUGGGGAUGGUACGGGAUCCAAAGAUGAUACAGUUUUCCUCAAGAAUACUGGAAGCACAUUUCUUUCUUCCUCGAAUCAGGUAACAAGGGAAGCUCAAGUCCAAUCUGCUCAUGACAAUGCAAUUUUUGGACCACCACAAGGUUUGAGAAUUAGAGUGUCACAUCCAGAAAUACACCCUGUAGUUGAAGGGGACGAUCAUGACGAUGAGAGUGACGAGCAACCGAUUAUUGUUACCGAGGCAAAGGUGUCCCUGAAAGUGGAGAGUCCAAAGAGCUCUUCCAUCGCCUGCACACUCCCGGUCAGCAGUGUUGUUAGUCAACAGGUAAUAGCGAUGCAACAGGCCGGAUCAUGGCAAGAGCGAGCCCGGAAGAUGAGAGAGGCUAGGGGUGCUUUGGAGUUGUGACAAGCUAAACAUUGGUUUUUCACCAACUUAAAAAAUUCUUGCUCAGCUUACAAGGUGCCUCAAAGCUUCUUGAAUCUCCCCUAUCUCCCCAUGUGCGGAGCCAUUUGAAACUCAUAUCGAUCAAACUAUGGCGAAUGUCUGUUUUGAUUAAGCUAUAUUAGGAGAACUCAUUGGAGACCAAGAGAAUAUCUUAACAAAUUUUUUGAUGAGGAUAAGCGCUCGUUCGAAUCGUACCGUCUCUUCUGCAGAAAUCAAAUGACCUCGUCCCGGUCUCUGUACAUAAUUGUGCCUGCCUAUGCAUGUAUUGUUCCUUUGUCUACUCAAUAUGCAAAGUCUGGUCGUAGAUGUGAUGUCCUUUACCCUCAUAAACUUUCACGUAAUGGGUAUACAGAGAUACAUUUGGGUUGGUGAUAUGUUACGUUUUGUUUCAGCGUUUAUGUCAACUGACCAGGCUUUAAGCGUGAUUCAGCUCAGGGCUGGUGACUUUAUUCACGACCAUAGUAUCACGCGUCUCUAAUUGUUUGAGUGUAUCAGAAGUGUCCAGUAUCUGUAUCAUAGGAUGUAAGUAUUACAGUUGUUUGAGUAACUAGAAAAUAUGUAACUCACAGGUUGUUGUACAGAACAGAACAGUGGAACGGCGUUUUGUAAGCAAGUCUUCACUUUCUUUAUUGUGGUCACUUUCCCUUUCAGUAUCAACCAGAAGGUUAACUGAUCAAAGCUCUAAGGAAAGCCGUAAAAGAGAAGGAUUAUCUGAUGCUUUGACAGAGUGUAUAGAAUUUAACCCCCAGCUAGCAAGAAUUUGCAUGCGUUUUCACUUAUGCUCAUCCCUUCAGGUUGCCGUCCUUUACGAGUAUGUCAUUUCAUUCCCCAUCUUAUUCAUACAGAGAUAUGUUUGAUGGAGCUUGAAUCACCUAGAAGUGGUCUCCAACAUUGAUUAGUCCAACAUUAUAUACAAAAGCUUUGGCCAACUGAAAGCCUUAUGCAAACUUUGGCAUACCUGAAUUUUAUAGGUGCAAAUUGUUCGGACCUGAGAAAGAGUGCUUCAGCAUAAAGCAAUGGAACCCCGUUUGAAAUAAUCAGGGUACAAAUUGCCACUUCGGGAGAUGACAUGCACAUUUGAAGUGGCAAAACAACGGUAGGAAGUUGUCCUGGGUGAUCAAGACAGUCUCCGUCUCACUCUCGCCGUGGAAGGCAGAAGACGAAGCACGGCUGGAAGAUCCAUGAUUUUUGAAUGAAACUGGAGAUGUACAUGUAC